AACGGCCCGCAAGGCGGGUGCCAGGCUAGGAGGAGGCUGUGGUUGCCCCAGCAACAACCAGGGAGCCCGAAGGCGGGCGCAGCCUCGGAGGGACCGGCGCCUCGGGUGUCUCGCUGCCAGGAAGCUCGUGGGAGAGGCGCGAGCCAAGCCUAGGAAGUCGGCGUCCGCCGACAGAGGGACAGGUUAGGCGCAUGAACUGCACCCCACGCUGCUGCUUCGCCCCACCUAACCGUUAGGUGCUCUGAGGGCCAUGGCUGAGGUGCACGUCAUCGGGCAGAUCAUGGGGGCCACCGGUUUCUCGGAAAGUAGCCUCUUCUGCAAGUGGGGCGUCCACACAGGGGCAGCGUGGAAGCUCCUGUCUGGCGUGCGGGAGGGCCAGACACAGGUGGACACCCCCCAAGUAGGGGACAUGGCCUACUGGUCCCACCCAAUCGACCUGCACUUCGCCACCAAAGGUCUCCAAGGCUGGCCCCGGCUCCAUCUCCAGGUGUGGUCGCAGGACAGCUUUGGCCGCUGCCAGCUGGCGGGCUACGGCUUUUGCCACGUGCCCAGCAGCCCGGGCACCCACCGGCUGGACUGCCCCACGUGGCGGCCCCUGGGCAGCUGGCGGGAGCAGCUGGCUCGGGCCUUCGUGGGUGGCGGCCCUCAGCUGCUGCACGGGGAUGCCAUCUACAGCGGCGCCGACCGCUACCGGCUGCACACGGCGGCCGGAGGCCUGGUCCACCUGGAGCUGGGGCUGCUGCUGCGCCACUUCGACCGCUACGGGGUGGAGUGCUGACCCUGCCUGCCCGGGAGGGGGCCGGGGGCUCUGGACACUGUCGGGUCUGACCCCAGCCAGUCCGGCAGUGGCUUCUGUCCCCACUAGCACCUCCAGCCCGGUGGCCACCCCCUCAGAUCCAGUUUCCUUGUCUGUAAAAUGGGGACAGUGAGUGUGCGGGGUGGCGGGGGUCAGGUGAGAAGAGGCUGGUUUGCCCUGCAAAUGCUCAAUAAAGGAGAGCGGUUCUUACA